CCCUCCAUAAUUUCGGCUUCAAGGGGGGAAAGCAUCAUGGAGCGUCGCAUUCUCGCCCUAGUUCUAGUUCUGGUAGCCUCUGUCGCGAUCUGCGCCUCCGCUUCCUCGGCGCCGGCUGUGGGUCACAGGGCCAGCGCCUUCAUCCGCUCUUCCUGCCGCGCGACGAGGUACCCCAACCUCUGCGAGCGCAGCCUCUCAACCUACGCGCCCCCGGUCCGGCGGAGCCCCCGCGGCGUGGCGGUGGCCGCGCUUUCCGUGAGCGCGGCCAAGGCGAGGUCGGCCUCGGCCUUCGUGAGCCGGAUGUGCGGCGGGAAGCCGACAUCAGGCCGCACGCGCGAGGCCGGCGCCGUCAAGGACUGCCUCGAGACGAUGCGCGACAGCGUCGACCGGCUCCGGCACUCGAUCCGCGAGAUCGGGCGGAUGGGGCCAGCCCGGAGCCUGCGGUUCUCGUGGCACCUGAGCAACGUGCAGACCUGGGUCAGCGCUGCGCUCACCGAUCAGAGCACGUGCCUCGACAGCGUCUCCCAGAACGCCGGCCCCACCGUCCGUGCGGCGAUCCGGAAGCGGGUGGUGGAGGUGGCGCAGGUGACCAGCAAUGCCCUGGCUCUCGUGAACCGGCUCCAGCCAAGGACCUGAACCCGGUUCUCACUCUCUUUGCUAUACCCCUGCUCGCUCGCAUAUAGCUGAUAUAUAAAGCGCAUAAGGUUUGAGCUUUCGUUUUGUCGCUUAAUAGCGUUGUCAAAUCCAUAUAUGUAUGGGCGAUCUGCAUAAAUAGGCUUAUAACUCAACGUAAACUAAUGUAAAAUAUAUUAUAAUAGUGAUCGAUGCAUAUAAAUAUAUAUAUAUAUAUAUAUCGCAGGGUGUUGCUGUGGAAAUUGAAGUAAUCUUAUAUCUGAGUUCAAUUCGUUGCU